CAACGGAAGUUGUUGAUUUGUGGAAUGAAUUAGUCGAUCAGUACUUGAAACGUGGAAAACGCCGUGGUUGUGGCGGAGUGGGGUUGCGCCGUUGCGGCACUGGCUGCCGUUCUCUGUCGUCUCGAUAUUCGCGAUUAGAACAUGAUGUCGUUGGAAUGAUCAUGAGAAUCAUUCACCGGGAUUAAAACAAUCUGGAAUUCGGGUCAAGCAUGAGUGAUUCGGGUUAGGGAUUCGAUUUCGGGUGAAGAAGAAGAAGUUUUGCUAAAAGUUGAACGAAGUUCGACCUUUCCGAUCAGCCAUGAUAAUGUCAGAAAUUAUGUAUCUCAGAAUGGAGGAGCUGGGGCUGGGGCUUGUAUCAUUGCUUCGAGCAGCGUGGAUUGCUGCUACUUUGCCGAUUCUUUUAGCCUGUUUGCCAUUGCCCGGGCUUGGUUGGUUUCGCAGAGCUCUGUUGGGUUUUGCCAAGAGAGGCAAGAUUUUGCCAUCCAAUUCCACUAAAUUAACCGUGCCUCAGAGAUUCUUCUCUCACUUUUAUGUGGUGGCCAUUUUCUGGACAACAAUCUUACUUGUUGCAGUGUGGUUUUAUGCACUUAAGAUGCUACCAUCACUUAUCGAGCAUGACCUAUUUUCUACUAUAACCAGCCACUUGACUGGAGGUUCGCAUGCCUUUUCCUGGCAUAAAUCUUUGUCGACAAGAGAACAUGUAUACAAUGUUUGGCUAUCUGUGUUUCUGCUUUUGCUGAUGGAAGUUCAAGUUUUGCGACGCUUCUAUGAGACAAUCUAUGUUUUUAACUACAGUUCAUCUGCUAGAAUGCACAUCUUUGGUUAUCUUGCUGGUCUAUUUUUCUAUACAGCAGCUCCACUGUCUCUAUGCUGUACUUUUGCACCUGAAGUGUUUGACUUUGUGAAGAAUCUGGUGGCGGAGUUCAUUGUGAAGGGAAAAGAUCGCAUGUCCAAGCCUGAGUUUAACAUAUGGAUGUUUGUGACUCCUUUCUUGAGACUUCGAUGGUAUGCAUGGAUAGGUGCAGCUAUAUUCCUAUGGGGUUGGGUACAUCAACUCCGUUGUCAUGAAAUUCUUGGUUCCUUGCGAGAGAAAACCGAAACUCUGGAGGAGUAUGUUAUUCCUUACGGUGAUUGGUUCGAAUACGUCUCGUCUCCACACUACUCGGCCGAAAUCGUGAUCUACGGUGGUCUUCUGGUGGCCAGUGGUGGUGCAGAUCUCUCAUUAUGGUUACUUUUUACAUUUGUGGUGGCAAAUCUUGUUUUUGCAGCAACAGAAACACAAAGAUGGUAUCAUCAUAAAUUCGACGAUUAUCCUCGUAAUCGGUAUGCUAUUUUUCCAUUUGUUUAUUAGGAUGCUUGUGUAAAGUUGUUCGUUUUGGACCGUUAUAUUCACCAAUGAAAAGCUUAUGUUAUAAAUUGGUGGUCGUUGAAUAACUUUCAACUAACGGUUGUAGUUGAUUUGGAGGUUAUUUGAUCAGUUGAAUAGAUACGGACGAUCAUGAA